CUCAUCUGUGGUUUUUCUUGUUUUGUGUCCUGCUCUGCAGAGGCUGUGCUGCAGGUGCUGUGCUGAAGAUUGACCCUGGCUGGUCGACUCUUUUCAUUGGAGAGUUUGUUACUCUGACAUGUGACAUUGAAGGAGCAGAGGCAGGCUGGGAAUACAGUUUCUACAAAGAUCAACAGGAAUACUCUCCUGGUUACCAAACAACUAAUUACUACAGAUUCCAAAUAACUUCCUCAAAUGAUGGUGGUGAAUAUGGUUGUGUUGGUCGUCACAAGUGGUCAUUUGAAACAGAGAAAAGUGAAACAGUCUCUUUUACUGCAGCAGAGAGACCCAGGGCUACACUGACAUCAGGCACCACAACCAUCUCAGUCGGAGGCUCAGUGAUUCUUUCCUGCUCUGUGAGAGACUCUGAUGGAUGGAAAUAUGAGUUUUACAGAAGAGAAACAUCAACCAGCUGGGAGAAACUAGUUGAAACAAAUGUUGGGGACAAUGGAGUCAUCCAGGUAUCUAAAGGAGGAAUUUACCGGUGCAGAGGAGAGAGAGAAACAUCAGGUUAUCUCUCUGACAUGAGUGAUGAAGUCACCAUUAGGAUAACUUUCACCAACAAGCCUGUCAUAACACGACAACCCAGCUGGUCUCAGAUAUUCCAGGGUGAGAAGAUCACUCUGACAUGUGAGGUCCAGGGAGGAGAGAAGACUGACUGGAGGUAUUCCUGGUGGAGAAAUUCACAACAACUUCCAGAGGAUGAAAAGUUGUUAGAAUUCACUGCUUCCGAGUCCCUCAGUGGAGAGUAUGAAUGUAAGACCAGACUCAGAGAUGAUUAUUCUUCAACCACAUGGAGUGAAGCCUUCACAGUGUCAGUGUUACCUCAACCAAAAGCUCAACUGGGAACCAAUAAAUUCAACAUGUCUGAAGGCAGCAGAGUGACGCUGACCUGCUCAGUGAAUCAACCAGCUGGAUGGAAAUACUUCUGGUACAGAGACUCCAAAACCUCCCUCCUGAACACACAUGAUACUGAUGAGUAUCGGAGUCAGUCUGAAGUCUCACAGGAGGGUCGUUACUGGUGCAGAGGAGGAAGAGGAGGAAGAGGAGGAAGAGGAGAUCCACUUUACUACACAGAGUACAGUGAUCCCAUCAGUGUCACUAAAAUAAUCCCAAACAAGGCAACCCUGACUCUGCAACACGACAGACCACAGCUCUACCAAGGAGAGACCAUCGCUCUCAGAUGUGCCAUCGAUGGAGGAAACACAGGAUGGGAGUAUGAGUGGGAAACCAGCAGUUUACUCAAACCAGCAAAUGUCAGCCAAUACAGGAUGGAGGCUCUUUCUUCACAGCACCAGGGAGAAUACAGAUGUAAAGGAAACAAGCUGAGAGGAGCACAGUCAACAGAUUGGAGCAACACCGUCACACUGACUGUAAUCAAGAAACCCAGGGCUACACUGACAUCAGGCACCACAACCAUCUCAGUCGGAGGCUCAGUGAGUCUUUCCUGCUCUGUGAGAGACUCUGAUGGAUGGAAAUAUGAGUUUUACAGAAGAGAAACAUCAACCAGCUGGGAGAAACUAGUUGAAACAAAUGUUGGGGACAAUGGAGUCAUCCAGGUAUCUAAAGGAGGAAUUUACCGGUGCAGAGGAGAGAGAGAAACAUCAGGUUAUCUCUCUGACAUGAGUGAUGAAGUCACCAUUAGGAUAACUUUCACCAACAAGCCUGUCAUAACACGACAACCCAGCUGGUCUCAGAUAUUCCAGGGUGAGAAGAUCACUCUGACAUGUGAGGUCCAGGGAGGAGAGGAGACUGACUGGUGGUGUUACUGGAGGAGAAAUUCACAAUAUCUUCCAGAGAAUGAAAAGUUGUUACAAUUCAUUGCUUUUGAGUCCCUCAAUAGAGAGUAUGAAUGUAUGGCCAGACGCAGAGAUGACUUUUAUUCUUCAACUACAUGGAGUGAAGCCUUCACAGUGUCAGUGUUACAGAAACCCAGGGCUACACUGACAUCAGGCACCACAACCAUCUCAGUCGGAGGCUCAGUGAGUCUUUCCUGCUCUGUGAGAGACUCUGAUGGAUGGAAAUAUGAGUUUUACAGGAGAGAAACAUCAACCAGCUCGGAGACACGAGUUGAAACAAAUGUUGGGGACAAUGGAGUCAUCCAGGUAUCUAAAGGAGGAAUUUACCGGUGCAGAGGAGUGAGAGAAACAUCAGGUUAUCUCUCUGACAUGAGUGAUGAAGUCACCAUUAGGAUAACUUUCACCAACAAGCCUGUCAUAACACGACAACCCAGCUGGUCUCAGAUAUUUCAGGGUGAGAAGAUCACUCUGACAUGUGAGGUCCAGGGAGGAGAGAAGACUGACUGGAGGUAUUCCUGGAGGAGAAAUUCAGGAUAUCUUCAAGGGGAUGAAAAGUUACAAUUCACUGCUUCUGAGUCCAUCAAUGGAGAGUAUGAAUGUAUGGCCAGACACAGAGAUGACUUUCGUUCUUCAACCACAUGGAGUGAAGCCUUCACAGUGUCAGUGUUGCCUCAACCAAAAGCUCAACUGGGAACCAAUAAAUUCAACAUGUCUGAAGGCAGCAGAGUGACGCUGACCUGCUCAGUGAAUCAACCAGCUGGAUGGAAAUACUUCUGGUACAGAGACUCCAAAACCUCCCUCCUGAACACACAUGAUACUGAUGUGCAUCGGAGUCAGUCUGAAGUCUCACAGGAGGGACGUUACUGGUGCAGAGGAGGAAGAGGAGGAAGAGGAGAUCCACUUUACUACACAGAGUACAGUGAUCCCAUCAGAGUCACUAAAAUAAUCCCAAACAAGGCAACCCUGACUCUGCAACACGACAGACCACAGCUCUACCAAGGAGAGACCAUCGCUCUCAGAUGUGCCAUCGAUGGAGGAAACACAGGAUGGGAGUAUGAGUGGGAAAGCAGCAGUUUACUCAAACCACCAAAUGUCAGCCAAUACAGGAUGGAGGCUCUUUCUUCACAGCACCAGGGAGAAUACAGAUGUAAAGGAAACAAGCUG